GUAGAAUUAAGUAAAACUAAAUAACAAGCUUGCAUGAAAAUGGCAUUCAAGUUUGAAAAUGUUUAUCCUGAAACAGUAGCAACAACACCGACAACGACCAUUAGCUCCGUAAACGACGAUGUGUUCAACACAACACUGAUUAUAUCAACUAUGACAACAUUGGGAUAUAUUGAAAGUGAAAAUGAGAACGGCGAAGAGGAAGGAAUGAAAUUAGGGUCUAUACUUGAAAUUGUAAUCGGUUGCACCUUAACUUUUGCUGUGGUUGUGUUAUUGCUGGUAACGCUGGUCAGAAAAUCUCGGUUCGUGGAAGAAGGCGGGUGCAAUUUUCUUAAAUUCGGAGAUUCGGAAGAGAAAUUGAAAUGGAUGAAAGUCAAACAAGAUUAUGAUACUUUUGAAAAAGAACAGAAUAUCAAAAAAGAGAAAAAGAGUUCGCUUUCUGCAUCAAUGCCCAGCAUGAAUUCAUUGAUGAACCUAUUCUCUCGGUCGAAGAGUGAAGGUGAUGCAAAACGAUUGCAGCAGAGUCCUAAAAACACCUUAACUAUUCGAUCCAACAGUCAAUUCGGACAGCGUUCCCCUGCUAUAACGCGAUCUGUACGACAUGGAAGUAUACCGUUCACUCUUCCUCCCAUGGCGCUUGGAAAAUCAUCAUCGACAAGUAGCGGACUAGUAGAACGCGUGCAACCGUAUCACCCCAGAUCAUACAGUGAAAAUGACACUUCGAUUUCUAUGGACACAGGAGUUUUCAUGGCGCCUGGGAUUCAAGAAGAAGAAGAUUCUUUUGGCGCACUAGACUACAGCGAAUCAUCAGAAAGCACUUUUGAUCAGACUUCUGAAAAGUCAUCGGAAGCAAAACUAAGUUCAACUGGAAAUUUCCGUAACAGUCUGCUGGGACAAAUACAGCCUGAACUCUAUAAAUAUUCAGAACACGAGGAACAUGAUCUGCCACCUAGUCAAUAUGGAAGGAUAUGGUUUACGCUGGUAUACGAUGCAGCCGUUGAAGCAUUGACUGUAAAAGUAGUCAAGAUUCGUCAGUUACAAGGUAGAGGUUCCAACGUUCCUCACGAUUCAUUUGUGAAACUUUUUUUGUUACCGGAUGAAAGGAUGUCACAGCAAACGAAAGUCAAAAGAAGAACAAAUAAUCCCAGAUUCAAUGAAACUUUUGUUUUCCAAGUGUCUGAGAACGAUAUUAGAGAACGAACUCUGCGUUUGUCUGUAUAUGAUGUCGACAAGAGGAAGGUGGCAAGGCAUCUUCUUGGACAUGCUCUAGUGAGCUUGAGUGACGUAGAAUUGCUGUCUCAAGGUGGUGAUGACAUGAUGUGGAGAGAUCUGGAUGAUCGAGCCCAUCCAGGAGAUUCUGGAGCAUCACUCGGUGAAAUCAACAUAUCUUUAUCUUACUUACCAUCGCUCAAUCGAUUAACUGCAGUUGUACUGAGGGCAAGAAAUCUCCGGGAGAUCGACUUGGAAGCUACCGGUGUGUACGUGAAAGUGGCUCUAACACAAGGUCAUCAGAUAAUUAAAACAAGGAAAACAGCGGUGAAAAGAGGAGAAUGCGAUCCAAACUAUAACGAAUCUUUCAGCUUCACAAUAACACCUAAAGACAUAGAAUCAUCCUGUCUUUCCAUAAAUGUUAUAACUAUAGGAUAUCAAAGCGGCAUUCGACAACUCAAAACAUCAUUCAAAAAUCUUGUCAGUACCGGAAAACCGAACAGUGAGCAUAAAUAUGGACGAGUGGUGGUCGGAUCAUUCAUGUUUUGCCGAGGGGAACAGCUUUUACAUUGGCAAGAAAUGCUAGCACAACAACGUAAAACAAUCUCAAAAUGGCAUCCACUAUCUGAAGUUGCUACCAAUGAUUGAAUACUGCGAGGACAACUAGAAUCUCCCGAGACACUCUGUAAUGCGGUUCUGGAAAGCCAAAACAAUCCUUUUACUAUUUACACUCGCCUGCUCACCAAAUGCAUUUUGAUUUUACUUGAAUUCUGAUUAUAUGUGGUUACUAUAUCGAAGGAAUUUAAAAGAAUGUAAAUAUGAUAGUUGCGUUGAAUUCAAUGCAAACUAAGCUUAACUAAUUUCUGCCCUUAUUGGCAAUUAGUAGCAGAAGUAUUUAUGUAUUUCAAGACUAAUGUUUUCCGCAAAUACUUAAAAUAUUUAAAAACUGAAGAAUGUUUUGCCAAUGGAAAAAUACAAAGUUAGAACAUAGAUGAGGGCAAAGGUGCAAUUCUAUAUAUAUUUUUAUUUUAAAAUGCUAAUAAAAAAGUGAAGUCCUUGAUAAUUUUAUUUACCGCUCUGCAAUCGUAUUAUUUCAAUUUCUUUUUUCAGUUGGAAAUUGAAAAAAAUUACUUCUUCAAACAAAAGUGAAUGGCGGUAAUUAUAAUUUAGCUGGUAGAUAAUUGUUAGCGAUUACAUACAAAAUAUGACACCCAUAACUUUAUCACAAAUUAAUUACAUCUAUCUUGAUGACUUUGAAACUAUCUUCCAGUACAUAGCAUAGAUCUUCUAUAUAUUUUGUAUACAGGAGCUCCUUAUCUCUUUAGUAGAGUGAAAUGCUUUAUGUGUGUGUCAGAUAAUUGGCUUUCAUCUUGUUGACUAUUUUUAACAA